AGACACCAGUCUUGAGCUGCCAUUUCUUCUUCAUUCUUCCUCUGCCACACUUCUGCGAUCUAUCUCCUGCUUUCUCAUUUUUCUUCCUCUGCCCUGCAAACUCUGUCUUUGCAAUGUCUCCUCUUUGCAUUGCCUAACAGUUACCUACCUUCAACAUGGAUAUUGGAGGACUGACCACUGUGGUAGCAAAUUCUGCGUACAUCAAUGCCCGUGGAAGCAUCGAUGGCUCUAACCCAACAGCAGCUCGGGAUAAGAAGUAUCACUCUCGCCUCAAACUGCCCCACAUCACUGUGUGUGAGGGCUUGAGGGAAACCCUAGAUUUGGCUUUUGACUCAGUCUGUGUAGAGCAGCCAAUUGGCAAACGCCUCUUUAGGGAAUUUUUGAAUGCAAAUAACGAGUAUCAUGGGGCCUGUCGUUUGUGGAAAGACAUCGAGGAAUAUGACUUGGCAGAGGACUCUGAUAGGGCAAAGAAAGCUUCAAAGAUUUUUCAACGGUACAUGGAUUCAUCUGCCAAAUACUACUGCCCAUACCUGCCUGAGGAUGUCAUAGCAAAGGUGAAAGAAAACAUGGAGGCUGCUGGGGAUGAACUGUUUGCUGAUGCAUUAGCCAAAACACUGGAAUUUCUGCGCGAGGCCCCCUACACUUUCUUCCUAGAGAGCAUGUACCUGAAGAGGUUCCUGCAGUGGAAAUGGCUUGAAAUGCAGCCCAUGGAUGCAGACUGGUUCCUGGACUUCCGUGUGUUGGGGAAAGGUGGAUUUGGGGAGGUGUCUGCCUGUCAGAUGAGAGCCACUGGAAAACUGUAUGCCUGUAAGAAACUCAACAAGAAGAGGCUGAAGAAGAGGAAAGGCUAUGAGGGGGCGAUGGUGGAGAAGCGUAUUCUCGAAAAGGUCCACAGUCGCUUCAUUGUGUCGUUGGGGUACGCCUUCCAGACAAAGGAAGAGCUUUGUCUGGUCAUGACCAUCAUGAAUGGAGGAGACCUCAAGUACCACAUCUACCUGGUGGAUGAGAACAACCCUGGCUUUGAUGAACCCAGAGCCUGUUUUUACAUCGCGCAGAUCAUUCAGGGUUUGGAGCAUCUCCACCAGAAAAGAAUCAUCUACCGUGAUCUCAAACCAGAAAAUGUUCUGCUUGAUAAUGACGGUAAUGUGCGUAUAUCUGACUUGGGUCUCGCUGUGGAGCUAAAAGAAGGCAAAACAAGGACCAAAGGCUACGCUGGGACACCAGGGUACAUGGCACCAGAGAUGCUAAAAGGAGAUAAAUAUGACACCUCGGUGGACUACUUUACCUUGGGAGUAACUUUGUAUGAGUUCAUGUCGGCUAAGAAUCCAUUUAGAAACAGAGGGGAGAAGGUUGAACGUGAGGAGCUGAAGGAGCGCAUGCUGACUCGUGAGGUGACCUAUCCAGACAAUUUCAGCGAGCAUGCAAAGUCGCUGUGUGAUGGGCUGCUAGCCAAAGAUGUCGAGAAGAGGAUGGGAUUCAAGAAUGAAUGCUGUGAUGAAAUCAGAGCACACCCAUUUUUUAAAGACAUUAACUGGAGGAAACUGAACGCAGGUAUUCUACCUCCUCCUUUUGUCCCUGACCCUAAAGUGGUGUAUGCUAAAAGUCUGGAUGAUGUUGGGGCUUUCUCCUCGGUAAGGGGGGUAAACUUGGAGGAUCCAGACAAGUCCUUUUUUGAUGAGUUUGCCUCGGGGAACAUCUCCAUCCCAUGGCAAGAGGAGAUGAUCGAUAUGGGCAUUUACGGAGAGCUCAAUGUUUGGGGCCCUGAUGGCACCAUCCCGAAUGAUCUCCGCAGGGAGUCCAUCCUAGAGCAACCAAAGUCUUCAACAUGCUGCGUAUCGUAAAAACACUGAAGCACGCAGAGAAUACGCAAAGCGUACAGUGUACAGACUUGGAUUUCUUUAGAGCAUGCUGUAUGAAGACUCUAAACUUCAGGACAGACAGUCUGAACUUUCUGACCACAUGUUAAGACAUUUUGAGACUUAAACACAGGAAACAACAAGAACAGAGUGGAGGUGGCUUUUCAACUUGGACUCAUGCAUAGAUUUAGGUGUAAAAAAAGAAAAAAAAGAAUCUAAUUUGUCUUUGGUCUUUUCUCCUCAUCUUCACUGUCACUCUGCUGUCUCACCCAUUUAUUUUGUGUGCAUCUGCUAAGUUACUGCAAUGCUUUUAUAGGUUUAAAAUUUUUUUUAAAUCCCAUUUUGGAUCAGGGGUUUAGUGACCUGGCAUCUGGUGUUGACAGUGGCAUGUUAACUAUGUAAUAUAUUAUUUGCCUAUACUGCAUGUAUGCUGCUAUAGAAUGUCAUUUAAUGGAAAGAAAAAAAAAAACACAUUUUUUUUUAUAGAUUUUGAGUUUGUGGAGAAUAUUUCUCAAUGGUUCAUUUGACAUGUGACUCUUUUUAUGAACAACCAACAGCACCUUUGGUAAAUGUAUGUGCAGUUUAGAUGUUCUGAGGUAAAUAAUAUAGAAGACAUGUUUAUAGCAAAUUGGUUUAUUUCCAAAAAAGGGGGGAAAAAAAUAAAAACUUGGUUGAACACAAGUUGGAUAAAUUCGGAAAUGAAUGUUUCAAAAAGGCACUGGCAAAUAAAACAGCUUAAUCAUAUGGAAACUUGUGUCAGAAGCUUAAUU